GCGAAGAGCGAUGCUGGCCCGGCCACGACGGCCGCGGAGGCUUCUGGAGGAGGCUCCUUCGGAGGCAGCUUUGGCUUCUCCGAGCUGCUUUCCUCGGGUUUCAAGGUGGUCCAGUGCUGUGGUCUGCCAGCCCCUCCAGGUGGCUGGCUUGGCCCUUUCGGCUUCUUCCGCUUGGUGACGUACACCUUCCUUGCAGGAAUGCUGCUGGCACUACUGCUGGCACUCUUGGCCUCGACGGGCCUGCAGACAGAACUCCCCCUGCUGGGCGCUAGCCCCGACGGCUUCGCGGCCUUCGCCUCCUUGCUGCUGUGCUUCGCCUGCUUCGUUUGUGCGGGCGCCGCCUAUGCCCACGAGGGCCUGGAGCAGGAGGUCGCUGCAAUGAAGAAGCAGAACGGCCUCUUCCAGGAGAAGAAUGCCAUGAUGGCGGCCCAGCUGAGCGAACUCGGCGACGUCCGGAAGAAGCUGGAGGAGGUGAAGGAGCGUUUGGGCCAAGACCUGGGCCAGUUCGAGGCGAUGCUACUGGAGCUGCACGCGGUGAGCUCCGUGGAACAGCUGCAGCUAAUGCUUGAAGCCUUCAUGAACGCAGACGACAGCCGGGAUGCCCGGCUCACCGACGAGGAGCUGGACGACUUCUUCGACGUUUGCAAGCUUGCCCUGCAACAGGCGGCCCCAGGCUUCGACAUGGAGAAGCUAGAGACCGAGGUGCGCUCUGUCGGUUUGGGCCUCUGCAACCUGCGUUUCCUCACCAACGCCACAGUGGCUGGCUGCAACCCGGUGCCCGGUAGGAGCAGCGCCAUGCUGGCCUUGGUCCUCUUCAGUGCACAUCCCGAGAAGUACGAGCACGAGCUGUGCAUCGCACUGAAGUCCGUCCUGCAAGACGAGGACAAGGUGGCCAGCUGGAUUCAGGAGAAGAAAGGGAAAGCCAACCCACAGGAGCAGGGGCGGAUUCCUGGGCACGAGCUCAUGGACCUCGCACGAGAGGUCAUGAGUGCCACCCUGGAGAAAGCAGAGAAAGAGAAGGCCAUUGCUGCGACGCCGGCCGACGCUGCGCGCUGCGCUCUUGGCGGAGGCCCCGCGGCGGCGCCGGCUGCGCCGGCCGUGCCGGCCGUGCCGGCCGCGGCGGCGCUUCCGCUGGAGCCGUGGCGCCGCGGCGACAGGUGUGAUGGCGAAGUCGUGAACCUGGCCGAGCGGGCCACUGAGAAGGUUCCGCAGGGGAGCGUGGAAGUGGCCUUCGAGCUCGGGCGCAAGCGUGGCAAGUUCAAGGAAAGGGUGGAUCGCCCCCAGCGACCUCAGCCGCGCGCUGUGCCGUACUCGGCCCACAGCCAAUGGGCUGCAGCUUUGCUGCUUUUGUUCAUGGCGGGCGUCCUCAUCGCGAAAUAUCUGCCUCCAGACCCGAGCGACUUCGACCUCUUGGCGCGGCAGGCCUGGGCAGGGCUCCUCUUCAUUUGGCUGCCGUUGCUGGCCUGGCUCCUGCACUACGACCCGAGAGCUCGGCGGCCCAGCAAAGGUCGCGUGGGACGCUGCAAGCACGGGUGCGUCUUCCAGCUGGUGCCGAAGACUCGGCACUGCCGUCGAUGUGAGAAGUGCGUGGCUGGCUUUGACCAUCACUGCCUCUGGCUCAACACGUGCAUCGGCGUGGGCAACUACCGCCCCUGGGUCGUCUUCGUGGUGUCACUCUGCCUUUGGACCCUUCUUAGUUGCUGCAUCACUGCUUCGGCCCUUUUCCGCAGUCGCCACAUCCGCAGUCGGCGGCUGGCCGUGGGGCACCGGCCAGUUGUCCUAGCCGCGGCUUCCCUCGCCGCGCUAACCAGCGUCUGGCUGCUCAUCCUCUUAGCUCUCCAUGCCUACUUGGCCCUCACGGGGCUGACGACGCUGGAGUGGGCCAAGGGCCUGCCGCCGGGAGCCACAACCCAGGCGGAGCCCAGGUGCCGCCUGGUGCCCAUGGCGGGAGAAGCCCUGAGACCCCGAAGUGCUUCCGCUGCAACCGCUCUGUCACACAAGGAAACGGAGCCCGAGGAGCCCGAGGAGGAGGUCUCCCCGGCUUCCGCGGCCGCGCGCUGGGCCCUACUGCGCGAUGCAGUGCGCCGAGAUGAGCGGAGGCCUAACUGGCAGAUGCUCUGGAACAGGCACCUGUCACUGUCUUCGGUGGCCACUUUGGAAGACAGCUCCAGCGAAGAGGAUGCGAUCGCCGUUCAGGCGCGUCGCUUGCCUGCGAAAUCCACAGGCGGACUCCCUUCGGACAAGAACAUCGGUAAAGAGCCAGUGGAAGUUCUGGGCUACCCAGCCGUCGAUUCAUUGCCGAUGGGAAGCGUUUGCGUGGAAACUCUCGCUGCCUACCUCAGCUGCCAGGCCCCCGUUCGUGCCAUAAAGGCUACAGAUCUGGAGCAACAAAAAGAGUGGGAGUCUUUGGAUGAGUCCGAGCGCCUCCUCUUUUCGAUGCUGCCAUGCUCGUCACAGGAGCCUGUGGCUUUCGGCUUCAGGCUUGGGCCCCUGGUCCCACGCCGCGUGGGGGCGGCCACAGCGUGGCGCUUGCCAACAUGCAGCGCCUUGGAACCACCGUCCAACACCGCCGUGGGCCAGCAAACGCGGGGCGCCGCCACACUGAAGACACUCUCAAUACGCAUGAAAGCCAUCAAGAACAUGCAGAAGAUCACCAAGGCUAUGAAGAUGGUGGCAACGGCCAAGUUCAAGAAGGACAUGAGGACGAUGGAAAGCAGCCUGCCCUUUGCCAAGCCUGUUCUCAACCUGUUCCAGCGCUUGCCAGUAGAGGAGAAGGCCGGAGGGGUUACCUACGUGGCCGUCACCUCUGACAAGGGCCUUUGCGGAGGCGUGAAUACUGCAGUCGCCAAGCAGGUGCGCUUGGGCGUGACAGCCGAAGAGGCGAAGGGAAACGUCUCCAAGAUCAUGGUGGUGGGUGGCAAGGGUGUCGCAGCGCUGAAGCGCCUCUAUGGCGAUCGAUUUAGCACCACCUUCGAGGAAUGCUCCAAAGUGCCCUUUACGUUUGCUGCCGCCUCCGUCAUCGCGGAGCGCAUUGCUGCCAGCAAGCCGGCACGCUGCAAGGUUGUGAGCAAUGAGUUCAAGUCCAUGGUCUCCUACGACACGAUUGCCCAUCAUACCUACACCGUCGACGAGGCCACUGGAAUGGACCGAGGGGAGUGGACCAAGGCAAUGGACGUCUACUCCUUUGAGCCUUCCAUCUACGAAGUCUGGCAGGACCUCCACGAGUUCUACUACGGCUGCGUGAUCUACGGCUCCGUGAUCCAGAGCACCACCACGGAGACGGCGCAGCGGAUGAACGCCAUGGAGAACGCCUCGAAGAACGCCGGGGAGAUGUACGGAAAGGUGGAGUUGCAGUACAACCGGGCCCGGCAGGCCAAGAUCACCACGGAGCUCUGCGAGAUCAUCUCCGGCGCCAGUGCCGUCUGA